CCAAAAGCAAUUUUCAAGCAGCAAUGGAGGAGGUGAAGCAUCUUCGCGCGCAAGAACUCACUAGAUGGCUUCAGGGACAUGGGCUUGAAAGCCUAUCUGACGCCCUCUGCUGUGUGACCGGAAAGGAGCUGGUGGAGACUGCUGAUGAAGGCAAUGUACCUCUCGCAACGCAGUUUUAAACUUUCAAUCCACCAAGCAGGGCGCCUGAGACACUGUUUUGCGUUACCCCCGCGUUGUCGAAGAGAGGCUCGAGUUCUUGAAUGAGCUGGGGCUCAGAGACGCGUCAUUCGCGGAGGCCUGGGUAUUCAAGCCAGUGAAAACACGGCACCAGACGCUGAUUGCUGCUUUUCGUUCUUGGGCAAGAGAACAACAGGGUGCCCACCUUGUGGCUUCGGCAGGCAAUCCAGUUGCUGCAGUGCUCUCUCUAGUCAGCUUGAGUCGGGAUGCCGAAGAACGAAACAGAACACUUGACGACAAUGAGACAGACACACUGCACUUAAUCAGCGACAUGAAACUUGUACCUUGGGCUGUCGAACAGCUCAGAAAGCUGGACAAGCCCGGCAAGCGGUAUCAUUUCGAGGACCUCUUUGAGGAAUUUCUUGACAAUGUUUGGUUUGCAGAUCGGGUUGUUCGACAUGAAUUGAGCAGGAACUCAGGACCUCUCGAAGCGAUCAAACGCUUUGUGUGCAGCAAUCACACACACGACGCGAUAAACAAAGCAGCCAGUCAACUCAAGAACACCUUCACUUCUAUUACAACAAUCAUGACAUCCCUUCACGGUUCCGCACCACCCGCCUCGUUCGACUGCUUGGAGGACUUGCGCGCACGUGAUGCGAUAGAUUUCUACGUUCAGCAAAUCGGCCAGGAGCAGGUACCAGUGCAAGUGUUGCUUGAUGCCAUGGAAUCCAACAUCGAUUGUCUUGACACGCAAUCUACCUGUUCUCGUUUGAUAGACGAGCCAAGCAUCUACUCGUUCUUCGCCGGUAAGAAUGGAACACGGGACACCACCACCGUGCACGCCUUCAAGAGUUUUAUCAAUGGACACCCCUCAAUGGCAGAGGCUGUGCUGCACCACUUAAGUUCAGACCCUCGCCACUUUGCGGACCUCGCCUUGCGCAGGGCGUUGUGCCCUGCCGACUUUGGUACGGAUCUGCUCCAACACCAGCGGAGAUUCGCAGAAGGGACGCGACAAUGGGUGUUCGAUGCAUUUGAAGCGUGGGCCAUGCACGACCCAGAUAUUCACAGUCCAAAGCGGCCGAAACGAAGUCAGUCUUUGAGCAACCAAGACAAGCGUGUAUUCUGGAUUCGGGGCACGGGUGGACUCGGCAAGAGUGUGAUUGCAGCCCAGCUUGUGCAGCGGUAUGGGAGCGAGGCGCAAAGCGGCGGCGACAGUCAUCAUGGCGAUGACAAACCUCUGAUUGCAGCUCACUUCUUCUGCAAGCACGACGACGUCGCGCGCAACAACCCGCUCAAGGCCAUCAACACCCUUGCUUUUCGGCUUGCAACGCAGCUGCCUGAGCUACGUGAGGAAUAUAGAGCGAUUCUUCAAGGCGCUAACGUGGAGAGGCGCAACAUCUUCACAGAACAUGCAGCCGGCAUUCAUGACUGCUUGAAAGAUGCGUUUGAAAACGUCCUGGCAAAUCCUCUCAAGGCAGCGCUUAAGAAGCGACCACAGUCAGCAGGUGAUGUUUUUGUCCUGAUUGACGCGUUGGACGAGCUGCGUGAUGGUACCAGCCGCACGAAGUUCCUGCGUCUGGUGGGCGGGCAGUUACAGUUGCUCCCGCCAUGUGUACGAUUCGUUGUCACAUCGCGCCCGGAGGAGGACAUCCUCGCCUUCUUCAAGAAUCUUGACCCGUUCACCAUCGACCGGCAGGAUGAGCAGCAACGGGACGACCUGAAGAUGUUCGUACACAACACCAUCAUCGAGCAGACCAGCCUGUGCAAAUUGAAGCACGCUGAGCAAGAAGAGGCCGUGAACAUGAUAGUUGAGAAAGCCGAUGGUGUGUUCUUGGCUGGGAAGCUUAUCGUCGAUGCUGUUGCCAAUGCAGAUGCCAACCAGAGGCAUUCGCUCACCGUGAGUGAUGUCGGAGACCUGCUCAGCACCAGCGGCAGCUUCAUUGACCGCACGUACACGAAGACUCUUGACCGCAUCCAUGCAAGGCUCAAGCACGCAGCAGCCGAAAUUGCGGAUGUGUUACCGCACGCUGAUGACGCGAAAGGGCUGGCAGUGCUGCACUUGCUGCAGGGUGCCCUGCGCGAUGUGUUAGCGGUGAUUGUGGCUUCCCGUCAGCCGCUGCCUGUAGGUGAUCUGCAUGAGCUGUGUGGUGGUGGUCGGGUGCAGAACAAGGUACUGACGCACCAGUUACUGAGCGCGCUGUCGCUUCUCUUCUCCGCCAGCAGCAAGCACGACGUGAUUGAGCCGCUACACAAGACCGUCAAUGACUUCCUCACCGACAAGCAGCGAGCUGGCCCUCACUUUGUGGACGAGCGGGAAGGCCACGCCAUCCUCGCUCGCGCGUGCCUGAGGGUGCUGCAAGACAGGGAUCUUCUGGCAUUUUGUGAUAGCGAGGCAGAGGCAACGUUGAUUGAAGAACAAAGUCCCCAGGAGCCCGUAGUGGUGUACGCCCUUCAGUAUGGGCACGUGCACUUAGCGCAGUGUGGCAGGGCAGUUCAAGAUGCAAGGCUGCCAUCGUAUUCGCAAAGCGACAGCAUGCAGAGGGUGUUAUGCAGAUGUGAAGAAGCCCUUGACGGAUGGAAUUCAUGCUUCGUGCAAAAGCGCAAAGAGGAAGAAGCAGCCCAGGCCCGAGAUGAAGUGUACCCUUCAUCCAAUGAGGCGACAACUGCCUUUGCACAAUGGCUGCUGCUGCAAGCGCACACCAUGGGCAGGAAGUGGUCGUUUCAGAGGGAGCUGCCAGUCACAGCUGCUGCCGUAAGUCAGGUGAAAGAUUGUCUCCAACUCAGCCAUCUACUGACGGACACAUCGCGUGUAUUUGGAACAUACUGGGUUCCUGAACCGUUGACGUUGGAUGGUUGUGCUCAUUUUGUCGCCAACAUUCCCUUCAACUCAUGCUUACAUGAUUCCAUGGCGUCCAACUGGCUGUGGCGGGCUUCAAAUCAUGCGAAGCAAGUUCUUCGGCUGCCUCUUGAUUCACCCCCAAUGUCGUUGUUGCGGCUUGCAGGCCAUCAAGCCGCCGUCACCUCCGUUGCCGUAGCUGGUGACUUCAUUGUUUCUGGCAGCGAUGACGCAACUUUACGCGUCUGGAACACAUGCACCGGUGAGCAAUGCCCAACGAUCAAUCAUUGCCAUGGGCGAGUGGCUAGCGUGGCGGCUAGCUCUGAUGGAUCAACGAUUGUGUCUGGCCAUGGUGACGGCACGAUUCUAGUCUGGCAAAUCCACCAGGAUGAUGAAACUUUGUCUGAGCUCAAUCCCGACACUGCUGCUACUGCUGCUGCUGUCACAUCUGUGGUGACCAGUCGCAAUGGCGCCCAGAUUGCGUCUGGUGAUCGUCGAGGACGUGUACGCAUUUGGAGGAAGAGCCCCAAAUCAGGCAACUUCAGUUGUGCCAUGACAGCCUAUUGCCACACACAGGAGUAUCGAGUUGAAGCAAUGGCAACAAGCAGAGACGGCAACGUUUGUGCUUUUGCUCGCACUGACAAAUUUAUUCGCAUUUGGGACACCGCUCAAGGCCAAGCUCAAGGCCAAGAGUUCGCGACACUAUGUGCAUCGAUCGUUCACUCAUUGGCAAUCUCGGAUGACAGACGCUUGCUUGCGUCCGGUCACCGCGACAAGUGCGUGCGGCUGUGGAAGAUGAGCACGCAGGGCCUCAGCCUCCUGACAACUUUGGAAGGGCACACGGACUGGGUGUUAUGCGUCGCAUUUAGCUGCAACGGCAAGCAUUUGGCGUCUGGAAGCAAGGACAAGCAAGUGCGUGUGUGGGACAUUGGUUCCAUCUCAGAACCUCGGCGCAUCGCUUGUUUUUCUGGACACGUCAGUUGGGUCAGCUGUGUGGCUUUCCUAUCAAAUGGCAAAAUCGUGUCUGGCAGUGGGGACAACACACUGCGUUUUUGGCACAUUGAAGCGAAGCGUGAUACAAGCACGUCACCGCUGCAAACGAUUCGGGCCGUGGCUGCCAGUCCAGACGGUGAGCUGAUUGCUGCCGGUGGCGAAGACAAGCAUAUCUAUUUGUGGGACGCUAACACAGGCAAAACACAACUGCACUGGCAUGCUCACUCUGACUACAUUUACGCUUUGGCGUUUGUCAGGUCAGGUGGUACUCAGCGCGUCCCAUUGUUGAUGUCUGCGAGUCGGGACCAAACAAUUUGCAUGUGGGACAUCGCGAGAGGAGCAACACUCGUUCGGGAGUUGAAAGGGCAUCAGGGUUGUGUCGCCACGAUUGCUUUGAGCCCCUCGAACGCUCUCAUAUGUUCUGGAGGCAAAGAACACGUGCUGCGGGUGUGGGACUUGCAGAAGCCAGAAGAACCGCCCCAGUGCUUUGAGCGUCCUGCGUGGGUCAUGUCUGUUGCUUUCGGAGCUGAGAACCUCUUUGCCACUGCGGGGCGUGAACGUGAAGUUCGACUGUUCAAAGUGAACGUCGAAUCGGAACCAGAAUUCUUGCAGGAAGUGGAGCUUGCACCGGCCACACCAAUUGGAUCAACGCCGUCCGCGUUUCGCAAAGCGGCAGACUCAUCGUUUCAGGAAGUCGUGACACAACCGUACGACUCUGGCAAUUCUCAACCGGCAAUCAAGUUGCUAUUUGCAAAGGAUCAAGUCAUGUCUGGAAGCGGCGACGGCACUGUGCGCGUGUGGCAGCCGCAGCUUCAGGGGUAAACACAGAGAGAGAGAGAGAGAGACUAUCUCUCUUCGUUCCAAAACACACAAUAGUUUCUUCGUUUGCAUCUACGUUGACUGCUGUUGUUUGUUUUGCGAUUGUGCUGCCCCUUCUGUCUCGGUUUCUUUCUGUUUUCGUGUUGUCUUUAUUCCGAUUUGCACUUACAUUAACGCCGUUCAGUUUCGACGGUCAAAUCGCCAAAUAGAUAACACCCCAUGG